ACCUGAGUGGGAGGAUGGAGAUAUUGAAGUUGAAGCUGGUACUUCAAACAAUAAACUGAAAGGUAAGCCACUUCUGCCAGAUGGUAUGCGUGAUGAGAAUGAUUUGGAAUGUGAGGAUGGUUCUCUUGGUAUCCGAGAAGAGGCCUCCUUUUCUGGUGAAUACUUGGACAUUGUUUCUAAAGGUGCUUUGGAAGAAGAAGCUAAUCUAAAGGAAGCAAUAAGGAGGAGUCUUCAGGACCUGGGUGAUCAAAGGCUUGUUGAUACACCUGAUGAGGAUGAAAAGUGUGGAGCAACGGCAGCAGUGGUUAGUUUGAGCAAGAAUUCUGGGUUUAUUCAUAAAGAAGUGGAUGGAAAAAUGUCACAACCUCCCUCCACAUUUAAUAAUCAACAGCAUGAGUCCCCUUGUCAUGUUCAAGAGAACACCAGGAGUCCUGAUGGUAACAUUGUGGAGACCAAUAGUUCUUUGGACGGCCACUUGACUCCAUAUUUAGAAGGUAAUUAUGGUACGAAGGAUCUUUUGCCUGAAAAAGCAUGUGGAAGCUACCCAUUCGUAGACCCACUAAUGCAAGAUGUGAGUGGAAAUAAUACUUCGCACCAAGAAGUAUGUGGCACCCCUGUACAAGAAAAGGAUGUUUCACCAUUCGAAGCGCAGCUUGCUUCUGGCACUGGGGAUGGAAUUGUUGCAGAUGCUUUACAUAAUGGGUUUGAGGCUGAGGCAGUAGUAGAUGGCCAUUUGAAUAGGACAACUGAAAUAAAAGGAUCCUCUUUGAAAGAUUUAAUGAUUGACACUGCUCAACAAUGCAGAGAGGGAGAAGUUCAUGAAUGUGGAGAAGAACAUUUGGGUAAAGAUGGUUCAUCAUAUGGCAGAAAGGAAGAAGCUAGAUUGGAGAAGGAAGUGCUACUUUUAGGUGAGGAGCAGAGAGAACUUGGAGAUAAGCAGAAAAAGCUUGAGCGAAAUGCUGAAUCAGUAAGCAGUGAAAUGUUUGCUGAAUGCCAGGAGUUACUUCAAAUGUUUGGCUUACCUUUUAUUAUUGCACCCAUGGAAGCUGAAGCUCAAUGUGCAUUCAUGGAACUUGUAAACCUUGUUGAUGGUGUAGUUACUGAUGAUUCCGAUGCAUUCUUGUUUGGCGCACGAAAUGUCUACAAGAACAUUUUUGAUGAUCGCAAGUAUGUCGAGACAUAUUUUAUGAAGGACAUAGAGAAUGAGCUUGGCUUAAAUCGGGAAAAGUUAAUUCAUAUGGCACUGCUGCUUGGAAGUGACUACACUGAAGGUGUAAGUGGAAUUGGCAUUGUAAAUGCUAUCGAGGUUGUAAAUGCUUUCCCUGAAGAGGAUGGCCUCCGUAGAUUUCGUGAGUGGAUUGAAUCACCAGAUCCAUCCAUUUUGGGAAAGUUUGAUUUGCAAGCAGGGAGUAGCUCAAAGCAGAUACAGUCACAAGUUGGUGAGACUGAUAUGAAUUGCUCAGAUGCCAAGUUAAGUGGAGUUGCUGCACGUGAUGCAGAUGUUUCUGGGUCUGUUGAUGACACCCAAAAGUUGAAGCAGAUUUUUAUGAAUAAGCAUAGAAAUGUGAGCAAAAACUGGCACAUUCCUUCUUCUUUCCCGAGUGAUGCUGUUAUUUCAGCAUAUUCAUCUCCACAAGUAGAUAAGUCAACCGAGCCUUUCUCGUGGGGGAAGCCAGAUCAUUUUGUUCUCCGCAAAUUGUGUUGGGAGAAAUUUGGAUGGAGCACCCAAAAGGCAGAUGAACUAUUGCUUCCUGUAUUGAAGGAGUACAAUAAACGCGAGACUCAACUGCGGUUGGAAGCAUUUUACACAUUCAAUGAAAGAUUUGCAAAAAUUCGGAGUAAGAGGAUCAAAAAAGCUGUCAGAGGUAUAACAGGGAAGAAAUCCUUGGACUUGAUGGAUGAGUCUGUGCAAGAUGGCCUGAUAAGUAAAAAGAAAAGAAGAAGAAACCAAGAUGUUGCGGCGGGGGACAAACUAGAAGAAGCUUCCAGUGGACAAGAAUAUGCAGAUGUUGGGAAUGAGGCCAAGACUACAGAAAAAGUAAAUGAAACGGAGUUGAGAAAUAUAGGAUCCCUGGGACGACCUUUACACCCUGGUGGUGGGAGUAGGAACAGAUUACCCAGUGAGGAAAACUUUCAAGGUCGAAGUAGAGGAGUUACUGUUAGGAAAAGAGGUAAAGCUAGAGGUAGAGGUGGAGCAAGUGAUCAUCCUAUUAACAAAGGAGGAAUUAAAUCUCAUUCUUCAGAAUAUUCUUCAUCUAGCCCGGAUGAUGAAAUCUAUAGCGACAGUGCGCAAGAUGUCCAAGUUAAUUUUGGAGAGCAACACCAAGUACGAAGAUCGAGAAGGCCUCGGAAGGAAGUGAACUACUCUGAGUUUAACUUGAAAUCUGAUGAUCCCGAUUGGGGUGAUGAAAGCUCCAGGGAGGGUAGUGGAGCAAGGAAAGUGUCGUCUGCAGACUUGCUCGAGGAUCUUACAGCAGCUGUUCCAAGCAAAAUUAAUGAGAGUGAAAAUCUUGAUCAAGAACUGUCCUGGGAAUUUCUCGAAAAGGGUGAUGGAUAUGGUGUUGGCAAAGCUAAAGAAGAUAUGGGGACAGAUCAACUAAACUCCAGUCCUUCCAAUGGUAUCGUUUCCGAUACCGAGUUAUCCAAAGAAUACCUGUCAGUGGGAGGUGGAUUUUGCUUGGACGAAGAUACUACUGAUGGGGACUUGCAGGGAUCAUCUAAGUGCCCGGGGAAAGUGACGACAUUUGAAUCUGAUCCAUCAAAGUGCUCGGGAUUGGGGGAAGAUGACAUCAGUAAGAGCCCCACCAGAGCAGUGAACCCUGUUCAGGCGGAGAGACUGGGGAACCUGGAUACUUCGUAUACCACCACCACCAAGAAUCCAGAUGAGAGUGCAAAUAGGGAUAGGUCGGAGGUAGCAAGCUUUCAGGAAAUUAUCAGCGACGAUGAUUAUGGUAAGGAUUCUUCCAGAUAUUUCCGUGCAAUGCCAAAUUUAAGGAGAAAAAGAAGGAAAACUUGAUGUUGCACCUUGAAGCAUCGAGUGAAAAAAGAAGGAAAGAAGGUAUUUCCUUCGUUUUUAAUGGAAGUCGAAUUUCUAGCGUAUUGUUCUGUGCAAUUUAGAUGAUUUGCGUUUUAUGGGGUACGUGUCCGUUUCAUUAUCCUAAA